AUGCAAGAAUCUUUUUUUGAUGAUAUUUCCUUAUCUAAAAUAACUAAAGAUGGUAAAUUUAAAGCGGAUUUCAAAGAUGUUUGUCGAUUCCAAGAUUAUGCUUUUGUGAGUUACCAGAUUUCUGCAUCGAUUCUCGCCAUGGCCAGACUUCGAGUUUCCGAAAAGAUUGGAUAUUCUCUGGAGAGUAAAAGAUCUUCAGAUGAUAUUGCCAGUGAAAUCAAUGUAAGCAAAGAUUUUCUUUAUCGUACUAUGCAUUUUCUGGCAAUGAAUGGAUUCUAUAUUGAAGUGGAGCACGGUGUAUUCCAAAAUAACUCUACCUCUUUGGCAUUGGCUGAUGAAUCAGUUCGUGAUGAAACAAUCAUGAUGAACGGUGUAUUCUUUUAUCGUUGUUAUGAAACUCUACCAGAAACCAUUCAAGUUGGAACCUCGCAAGUUGGAAAGGCACUACAUUAUCCGGGUGGUGUAUGGGAUUUUCUUGCCGAUCACAAACAAGAUGAAAUCGAAUUCACCAAAGGAAUGACUGCCAUCACUACAAGACAAGCUCCACUACUAGCUAAAUUGGGAGACUAUAAUAAUUAUGAAACUGUUUGUGAUAUUGGUGGAUCACAAGGAAUUUUUAUUAUCAGAGAAUUUUUAAAAAUUCAUUCAGAUAUUAAAAAAGUUAUCAAUUUUGAUCAACCAACUGUAUUUAAUAAUCAAAAGAAUAGUAUCAGAGAAAGAUUAUUGCUCGAUCAAAGAUAUUCAGAGUGUCCAGGUAAUUUCUUUGAAAGUGUACCAUCUGCUGAUUGCUAUAUACUGAAAUCGAUUCUUCAUGAUUGGAGUGAUGAGAAAGCAAGAUUAAUUUUGAAUACUAUUGCCAAAUCAAUUAAUCCAGACGGUAAAGUGUAUCUAAAUGAAUAUAUUGUUGAUGAUGGUAAAAAAGAAAAUGAACUCUAUAUUUCUUCUCUUGAUCAUUUAAUGUUACAACUAUGCAAUGCAAAGGAAAGAUCUAGAGCACAAUGGGAAGAGUUGGUUAGUGAAACAGCAUUCAAAGUUGAGAAUAAACUAAAUAUGGAGAGUAAAGAAAUUAGAAAUAUUUACAAUGCAACUUACGAUAGUAUAACAAAAUUCCAGGAUUUCACUUAUGCUGGUUAUUUAAUGUCAUCGUGUUUGAGAACUGUUUCACUUUUAAAUGUAUCAAAUGUUCUUGGCCACAGUUUGGAAAGUAAGCGUUCCUCUUUGGAAAUUGCAAGAGAGGUUGGUGCAGACCCCGUUGUUCUUCAAAGGGUACUUCAUUAUUUGGCAACCAAUGGAUUCUACAUUGAAGUACCAAAUGAACCUGGUGUAUUCAAGCACAAUGAAUACUCUCUGACUCUGGCAGACCCUCUUGUAAGAGAUGAAACCAUUUUUCUAACUGGUCCGAGUCACUAUCGUGCUUUUGAAUCAUUAGUCGAUACUGUAAGAACUGGAGAAUCUCAAUCUGACAAAGCUCUAAAAGAGAACUUUUGGGAUUUCAUAAAGAAUAACAAUGAAGCCAACUCAGAAUUUGCUAAUGGAAUGACUGCAAAAACAACUAGAUUAUCUCCUGCUAUUGCUGAAUUAGGAAACUAUUCUAAAUUCGAAACUGUUUGUGAUGUUGGUGGUUCUCAAGGAAUAUUAAUCUCUGAAAUUUUAAAACAAUAUCAAAAUGUAAAGAAUGGUAUUAAUUUCGAUCAACCAAGUGUGUUUAAGAAUCUAGAGAAAGUCGAUCGUCCAUACACUUUUGAUUCUCGUUACUCGGAAGUAGGUGGAAACUUUUUUGAGAGUGUACCAGUUGCAGAUUGUUAUACAAUGAAAUACAUCCUCCACGAUUGGGAUGAUGAAAAAUCAAAGUUGAUUUUAAAUACCAUCGCAAAGGCAAUUAAACCAAAUGGAAAAGUUCAUAUCAUCGAAUUGAUCUUAGAUGACGGAGUUAAAGGAAAUGAAAAAUAUUUAGCAACUUUAGAUCUAUUAUAA